AUGUGCAUUAAAGCGAUGAAAGAACACAGGAUAGGAACUAGUACAAUAUCAUUCUUUCAUUUGUUGAAGGCUCCAUGGAAUCAAUUGGUUAAUCAUGCCUACAAUAAAGAUGUCAGAGAAUUGUGUUUCCUUGAUUAUGCUGUGAAAUAUCCUCUGUACAUCGCUAUGAUUGCAAAACGCACCGAGGCUGCCGUCAAGAGAAGCAAGCUGCUGGAGAACUCUGAGGAAAAAAUGUUUGUUUUGUUAAAAUCGCUGCCAUUUUUGUGUUGCCAAAAAAUUUUAACUAAUUUUAGUGAUGAUGAUUUAAAAAGAUUCAAUACUCAAUUUGAGAAUAUCGAUGAUUAUGUCUCUGAGACUUAA